AUGAGCCCAAUGAACCUUUUGAAUGACCCUAUCACUAUUGAGCAGGUCGAGCUUCUUGCUCGGCAAAAGCUUCCUAGCCAGGUCUACGAUUACUAUGCCAGUGGAGCCAAUGAUCAGAGGGUAAAGGACUCAAAUACAGCUGAAUUUGAUGGUCUAUACAUUCUUCCCAGGGUUCUUCGCGAUGUCUCUUGUGUCGAUACGUCGGUGAACAUCCUCGGCCAUACGUAUCCCCUUCCCAUAGGAAUUGCCCCUAGUGCAAUGCAGCGACUAGCUAGUCCUGGUGGUGAGCUAGAUGUGGCUCAGGCAGCCUCUUCAAUGGGACUGAAUCUUACUCUUUCAUCGAAUUCCACCACAUCGCUGGAAGACGUGAUAGGAACACUUCAUGAAUCAAACGGACCAAAAGCGGGCCCUCAAUUCUGGUUUCAAAUUUACCUGCCAUCGAAGUUGGAGCUGAGUAUUCCAUUAAUCAAAAGAGCUGAAGCUGCUGGGGGGAUUGAACUGGUCAAUAUCGCAAAGACCCAUGGGCCACGUCCAGGGAAACCAAGUUUCAACCGUAUCCUAGCAGAUGCACGCACUAAGCAACAAUACGAUGAAGGCCUUCGUGAAGCUGAGGGUAAAGAAAAUAAUGCUUCUCUUACAUGGGAUUCAACAAUUCAAUUUCUGCGCCAAACUACAAACAUGAAAAUCAUUCUCAAAGGUAUCAUGGCACCGGAAGACGCAGAACUCGCGAUUAAGCACGGAGUAGAUGCUCUCUAA